AUGACGACAUACUGCUACCGUUGCCACGUGCCCAAUGGAGCGAAUUUUAACCUGUUCCUGCGGUAGGGAUCUCUGCGCUAGAUGCUUCGCUCGCAGUCAAACGUGUUACUGGUGCCAUGGGCCGUUCACGGCAGCAGCGACAUUACGAUUGCGGCGGGAGCGUUUGAGAGACCUCAGCGUUGAUGCCUUUCAGGCUCAGCAAUUACAGCAAGAAAAGGGACUUAUCAGUAAGCCGAUAGUCUUGGAUUGGCCUAUAAACUUCUUUCUCCAAAUUGAUGAUAGGCUCCAUGCCAAUGCUCGUGCUGCUGUUGCGGCCCCCGCUACCCCUGCUGCGGAGAAUGCCCCGUCGGUGGCUUCGGAAAUGGCCUAUUUCUCCGAUUCCGAGGCCACUUUAAAUAUCGUGGAGGAGCGGGAACGCCUGAUGGAACUGCAGAGGCGGGAUCGCGACAUUGACCAGGAUUUAGAGAUGCUGGAUUCGGAUCGAUCAUCCGAUUCCUUUGAGUUUUUCAUGCCUAACGUGGCGCGACCGGAAGAGCAACCCGAUAUGGAAGACGGUAGAGAUGAUGCCAUGGACGAGGAGGAGGAGGAGGAAGACUUAGACGCGAUGUUUGAACGAGACCACCUAGAAGGAGAUCCCUGGGAAAACGGCAACCUUUACGAACUGGAAUUUGAUGCUAGAAUAGAACGCCGAGAAGAAAACCGCGAAGAUAGUCCCAUGGACGGAGAGGAUGAGGAAAUCUUAUAA